AUGGAUUGGGCCCUGGAAGACCUUGAAGAUUGGGUUGAACAAACCGCCUGGGACAUGAUUCCACCGUACCAGAACGAGGAUGACGAGGGGAUCUUGCCGUCCCAUUCGCAUCCAUCCUACCCAUCCGGGAACCCCUACUACCCGAGCCACACGUCAGUCCAAGCGCCGCUGCUGCCGCCGACGAGCGGCGACCCUGGCCAGGCAGACUGGGCCGAGCUGGCCACCGACCGUCUCCUCUGGCCCUCCGGCCCGCCCGAGCCGCUUGACGACCUCCAUCCUGACGACCUCCCGCCCGACCAACUCGACUUCCCCCAUCAUCACCACCACUGCGCUCACCCCCGUGAUCUCGUCCCUCCUCCUAAUUAUUAA